CACCUUUCAGUCAUACUACAUUAAUAUGACCAGCUAGGCUAGGCGCUUGGGACUGGGACUUGGGCAGUCUCAACCGUCUCCCACAUAAUUCUUCACCUUCAUUCCAGGCAACGAUCAAGGGAAAUCCACAAUGGUGCUUUCCAAAUUACAGCUUGUACUUGUACUCUCUGCUAUUUCGGCAGCUUUUGCUCAGGAUACCACGAGUGUCAGUUCGAGCAGUGUGUCGGAGUCAUCGACAACAAGCACUCAAGUAACUGACUCUACCUCUCUCAUCACGUCAACGUCGGCAGAAACGUCCUUGACAUCUACUUUGAGCUCUUCCACUGAUUCCGGCGCUUCUAUGUCCAUUACCUCCCUAACUACCACCACCACCUCAUCAUCAUCAUCUCUCUUGUCAGAAUCAUCCACCUCUCAAAGCGAGUCAACGUCAACAUCUACAACGACACUUUCUUCUGUCUCGUCCUCCACUACUAGCACCAGCACCGAUACAACCGAGAGCACUAGUACUGCGACCUUCUUCGUCACUUCCACCCUGCCGCCGUCUUCUGCUACCUCUUCAACCUCUUCGUCGUCUUCUGGCCUUGUCGUUACCAUCACCUCGAGCGAUGUGGUUCCCAGUACCAGUGCAUCAGCGACUGCCUCUACUCUCGGAACAAACAAUGCUAUUGCGACGUAUGGGGGUUCGAUUCCUUCCGUUCUCGUGUUGAUUGGGGGUGCCCUGUUUGGUGCUGCAUUGGGCUUUUGAAUACGCACUGGGUAUAUGCGGCUUGCAAUGCAGCUGCACCCAAUUUCGUUCGUGACCUGGCAGCUUCCUUUAUAACAUAAGUAUUUCACCGUACAUAUACAGCUUGAUAUAGAUCUUGAACAUAUGUAUCCAUGUAC